AAUCAGGUGUUAUUCCGAAUCAGGUGUUCGUGAAACAAGGAACGCGAAAAGCCGCGCUUUUCAAGUGCCGACGGCACGUUCUCUGCGAGCCAUUGUUGUCGGGGGGGGAUUCGGUAGCGAAACGAACAAUAGUCGUAUUCGAGUAAUUGAUAAUUGAUAAUUCUUCAACCACUGUCACUAUAGACUGGACAUCGCAUCCUGUGAUUAUUCACGAUUCUAGAAAUUAAAAGACAGUAAGGGAUAUUAUUUACGAGCACCCUCACGGUCGUGGUAAUCGAAAGACUCGCGAAAGAUCUACAAUUAUUCCGCGAUCACGCGAUCCAAAGAACCUUUCUCGGAACUACCCGCGAUCCUAAUAAUCACCUUCGAAGGAUCUCGGAGCCGGUAUCGAUCCCGAGCCGUGGAACGCGUGGGGACGUACGGUAAACUUUCAUCGUCACGAAGAAAACCGUAUUCACGUUACGCAGGGAUUAUCUAGAUCCGUUUCUAUCCCAGAGCAAGCCGUCCUUGAUUUUGACGACGCUAAGGAUAAGGAAGCGUCCAGCGCGACGGAUAGAGAUCCGGAUACAGAAAGAAUAACGCGUGCGACAUCGCGACGCCGGCCGACGGCGGAUCACUUCCGGUGAAACCAAGAACGCGAACGACACAGCCAGGAUGCAGGUGGCAACGUUGUUCAGGGAGAGCGCUACCCUGCUGGGUGCAUCCAGCCUGGACCCCCCGCAGACUCACCAUCAUCAGGGUAUGCACCAGCCGCAGCAGCAACAGCAGCAGCACCAGCAGAUGCAGCAACAGCAGCACGCCACCGACAUGCACCUAGUCGGUCACCACAUGCAGCACCACUACAAGAUGUAUCCAUCACCGGUGCAGAAUGGAGGACCAAACGGCACGACGACAAUGAGUUGCGCGAGUUCUCAAGGGGUGAUGGUGAAGCAAGAGGCGAGGGACGACGGUUACGAGACGAGUCCGGACCUCGAGAUGAGGAGCACCGGCGGUGACAGCAGUCAGCAGUAUCACACGCCGCUGACACCACACACGCCGCACACACCGCACACGCCGCACACGCCCCUCACGCCGAUAUCGGCGACAGCGCAUCAACCCCAGCAGCCGGGCUCGACCGCCUCCGCCCUUGGACAGGUCGCGAUAAAAUGCGAGACGCCGGUGGACCCAUAUUCGUUUGUCGACGAAGAGAUGUCGAUGGGUGGCAUAAGGACAGCAAGCAGUCCAGGCGGCGGCGGCGGCGGCGGCAAUCCUGAGAGCAUGACGUGUCCGGGCGGCGCCCAACCUGGGCUAGGUACACCCACGACGCCGCCCGGGGCGCUGUCCGGGCCACAACAUCAUCAGAUGAAUCUUGUGAUGAACGGCGCCGCCAACGUCAAUCCGCAGCUGGCGCAUCAGCCGAAGAAGCGAGGCCGCAAAAAAAAGUCAGAGAUGAUACUCACCCCUGAGGAAGCGGAACUCGCAGAGGCCAAGAAACGUGCAAAGACGUACAAAGAGAGGAAGAAGCACGACAGGUUCGACGGCAUGCCGGAAGAGGAAGUGAGCAAACGUGUUCUACCGGAUCACCUCACCAACAACCUUGACAUUAUUAUAAUUGGUAUCAAUCCCGGACUGUUCGCAGCUUAUAAGGGACAUCACUAUGCUGGACCUGGAAAUCACUUCUGGAAAUGCCUACAUCUAAGUGGUCUCACGCCCGAACCAUUGACUGCGGACGACGAUUACAAACUUUUGCGACUCGGUAUUGGCUUUACAAAUAUGGUAGCACGUGCGACAAAAGGCAGCGCAGAUCUUACAAGAAAGGAAAUUAAAGAAGUAAAAUUGCCGUCUCUCCUUUUUCCGCAAGAAGUUGGAGUCAUCCGGUGGAGCAGCGAACGUCAAGUCCCGCUAAAAUAAAGUAACCGAUAAAUUAAUGACGCCGGAAGUAUAAAAGUGGAGUAGAGGUCGAACACUUUU